AUGUCCUGCCGCUCCUACCACGUCCACUCUGGAGCCGGGGCCGUGCGAAGCUUCGGCUCUUGCUCCGCCGUGAUCCCGAGGAACGGGAUGAGAUGCACCGUGAGCUCCGCUUCGUGCUGGGGAGGCAGCGGCGCUGGGUACCGCGGCCUGGGAUACGUCACCAGCAGAAGCGUGGGCAGCAACGUCACCUACAAACCUAGGAUGGCCAUCGGCAGCUACCACCCGUUGCAGCUCGGCUACGGCAUCCCCGGCAUGGGAAUGGGCUACGGAGGCGCUGGCUUUGGCUACAGAGUUGGUGCAGCCCCAGGAGCCCAGACCCCCAUUGCCCAGGUCACAGUCAACGAGCAUCUGCUCCAGCCGCUCAAACUGGAGGUGGACCCAAACCUCCAGUCCGUGAAGUACCAGGAAAAGGAGCAGAUCAAGACCCUCAACAACAAGUUUGCGUCUUUCAUUGACAAGGUCCGAUUCCUGGAGCAGCAGAACAAGGUGCUGGAGACCAAAUGGAGGUUCCUGCAGGAUCAAAAACGUUGUAGGAGCAAGAUUGAGCCCAUGUUUGAAACUUAUCUCAGCAACCUGAAGAACCAGCUGGAUGUUCUGGGAAGUGACAAAGCCAAGCUGGAAACAGAACUGAGCAACGUGCAGGAUAUCUUGGAAGAUUACAAGAAAAAGUAUGAGGAGGAAAAUCACCGGCGAAUGUGUGCCGAAAAUGAGUUUGUUCUGCUCAAAAAGGAUGCGGACGGUGCCUAUAUGAUCCAAGCUGACCUGCAAGCCAAGGUGGAGUCCCUCAUUGCAGAGAUCAGCUUCCUGAGGAGCCUGUAUGAGAUGGAAAUGGCUCAGCUGCAAGGAUCCAUCCCGGACACCUCUGUUAUUGUGCAAAUGGACAACAGCCGAGGCUUAAACAUGGAUGACAUCAUCGCUGAUGUCAGAGCUCAGUAUGAGGACAUUGCCAAGAGAAGCCGGGCUGAUGCAGAGUCCUGGUACUACAGCAAGUAUGAGGAACUGAGAGAAACCGCUGGCAAACAUGACGACAGCUUGCACAACACAAAGAAUGAAAUUAUGGAAUUGAAUCGGAUGAUUCAGAGACUGAAUGGAGAACUUGAAAGCACCAAAGCCCAGAGAUGCAAACUGGAAGGAGCCAUUGCUGAGGUGGAGGAGCAAGGGGAAGUGGCCAUCAAGGAUGCAAAGUGCAAACUCUCCGAGCUGGAGGCCGCUCUGCAGAAGGCGAAGCAGGACAUGGCCUGUCAGCUCCGCGAGUACCAGGAGCUCAUGAACGUCAAGCUGGCCCUGGACAUCGAGAUCGCGACCUACAGGAAGCUGCUGGAGGGAGAGGAGAGCAGGUGA